AGUCUGCUCACAUAUUCCACUUGGCCGGCAUCUCCCGUCGACCACAGACACAGCGCUGAUUGACCGCGGAGGGAGCUCGUCCUCAGAGCGCAUGAUCGUGUGAGUAGAGGGGCUUCACUGUAGAGACUGUCAGAGUCAAAACCACUUCAACCACGCCUGUAAGAGUAAAGAAGGCUCCACAGACGAGACUGGCUCUGUAGGAUUUCGCCCAACUAGUCUCGCUUGAGUUUUUUCCAAAAAGGGAAAGUGCUUUUAUUUUAAAUUUUCUUUUUUUUCCAAGCAGAGGGACUCUGGAGUCGAGCGGCCGCCCGCCCGUUCUGUGCGUAAAAUAAAAGUUUGACGCACCACGGAGGUUCUUCGCGGUGUCUCAUACCCACUGUGCGCUCCGGGGGUCGUGGAGCUCACAGCGGACGCCCCACCGGAGCAGGAUUUAUAAAAAAAAACUUUUCAACACAUCUCGUGGAGAGGUUGUGAGGCGGACCGGAACAACGGAGAGCGGAGGAAUCCUCUUCGCGGAGCCGGGAGGAGAGCACGCAGCGCCGGGGGCUCUGACCCAAAGGACGGAACACCUCGGAGACAAGGUUAUGACGGAACUGAGCUGAACAUGGAGCUUUACUGGAUUUUGUUAUUUUCUAGUGUCUGUCCUCUUGCCUGGGGCCAAGGAGUUUACGCUCCAGCCAAUGCCCAGAUCGUGCACUCAGGCGCAGCAUGUAACGUCAAGGAUGAUAACAUCAGCGAGAGAAUCUACACCAUCAAAGAAGGAGACACACUAGUGCUUCAGUGCAUAGUCAAAGGACACCCACGGCCACAGGUUCGGUGGACGAAGACGGCUGGCAGUGCAUCAGAAAAAUUCCAAGAAACAUCCAUCUACAACGAGACGCUGCGUAUCAAGGGCAUCCUGAGGGUGCAGGGGGGUCGCUACUACUGCAAGGCCGACAACGGGGUGGGGGUGGCUGCCAUCAAGUCCAUCCGCGUAGAUGUGCAAUACCUCGACACACCAGUUCUGACGGUGCACCAGACCAUCAGCGAUGUGCGCGGCAACUACUACCUAGAGAAGACGGUGUUCCUGCGCUGCACCGUCAACUCCAACCCUCCCGCAAGAUUCAUCUGGAAACGUGGGAACAUGCUCAUCGAACAGAGCAAGGACAACGGAGUGGACAUCUACGAGCCACUUUACACGCAGGGUGAGACCAAGGUGCUGAAGCUGAAAAACCUCAGACCCAAGGACUUUGCCGAUUACAUCUGCCAGGUGUCCGUCCGCAAUGUGUGUAACAUCGAGGAUAAGUCCGUCACUUUCAGGCUCACAAAUGCUACAACUCCCCCGAUGAUCCGUCUAUCAGUGAACGACACGGUGGUGGUGGAUCCCGGGCAGGAUGUGCUGUUAACCUGUGAGGUGACUGCAGGUUUCCCCUUCCCCACUGUGAUUUGGUCACGCAACCCAGGCCCACUUCCCCUCAGCGCACAAGUUCGAGGGGCUACGCUGAUUUUGCGGGCGGUCACACCGGCUGACGCAGGCUUUUACAACUGCUCGGCGGUCAACAAUGUGGGCAACCCUGCGAGAAAGAACGCCAAUCUCGUUGUCAGGACGAUGAGCAACCUGACCUUUCAAAUUACGCCAGACUCCAACAAGGACAGUGAGACCAUCCAAAUGGGUCGGGACCUCAAGCUGUCGUGCCAUGUCGAUGCCAUUCCACAGGACAAGGUCAACUACACCUGGUACAAGAAUGGCGCACCCGUCUUCAACUCGGUGAGCCUGAUCUUGCUGCGCAGUGACCCUGAAAUGGCACCCGGCACCAGCAGUUUGGAGAUAGUGGACAUGAAGUUCAGAGACUUGGCCACCUACAGCUGUGUGGCAAAUUUCCCAGGCAGCACGGUCCCGGAGCUCCGGGUGGAUGUCAACAUCUCCCAGAACAGUGUCUCUCCUCCGGUGCUGUCAGUUCCAUCGGGGGGUCAGGUGGUCAAUGUGCGAGAGGGGGGUAUCGCUGAGCUGGUGUGCUUGAUAGUGGAUGGCAAACCACGUCCACCUAUACUAUGGUCACGGACAGAAAAGGACCUGCUAAUGCCAUCAGGGAGGCCUGUGGAGGAGACGGCUGACGGCCGUUUGAGGCUUAAGAACGUGAGCAGGGACAUGAUGGGGGCGUACCGGUGCCAGACCGCUCCAUACAACGGGCUUAACAUCAAACGCAGAGAGGCACAGGUGCAGCUCAAUGUGCAGUAUCCUCCCAUAUUGGACCCAGUCUUCCAGGAUGUGCGUUCAAGAUAUCAGAUGGUGACUCUGAGGUGUACGGUCCUGCGGUCCAAUCCCCCGCGUCUGACAGACAUCCGCUGGUACCGCAAUGGGGAUUUCAUCCGCAUGCCCAUGCCAGACCUGAAGGAGACGCCAGAGUUCAAAUUCAAGCUGGAACCAAACAACAAUGGCUCAUAUGAGUGCCGAGUCACCAAUCCUGCAGGAACAUCAACUUGCACAUUUAAUGUCACUGCACAACCCUACAAUGCGGAAUUUUACUUUGACACACCCAACCCAGUCCGGAUUUUGAAAGGAAACAACUAUUCCUACAAUCUGCAGUGGACUCAGAGAGACCCUGAGGCCGCAGACCGUAUCAUAGGCUAUUGGAUUAAUGUCCGGAAGAACAAGCAGAGCCUGCAGUCAAAGCAUAUCAACCUCAAGGGUAGGGAGCCCGAGAAGGGCGUGCUGUUGUCCCACACCAUAUCAGACCUGAGAAUCCCUCUGUCCUACGAGGUCCGACUGGCCCCGAUCACCACCUACAGCACUGGGGACUACAUCAGUCGAAUCAUCCAGUAUUCAGAACCCUACACCUACCCAAGACCUUCAGACCAUGUGUGCGGUUUUGAGGAUGAGCGAAUCUGUGGUUUCUCUCAAGACCGGAGUGACGACUUUGACUGGACAAGACAGAAUCACCAAACACAGAAUCCCAAGCGGUCUUCCAACACCGGCCCGGACACUGACCGCAGUGGAACCAAGGAGGGGUACUACAUGUACAUCGAAGCCUCUCAGCCCCGUGUUCAGGGAGACAAAGCUCGUCUGCUGUCUCCGCUUUUUAAUGUGACCUCAGUUAGGGGCCCCAAGGGCUCCGGCAGAGUACCAUACUGUGUCUCCUUUUACAACCACAUGAAGGGCAAACACAUUGGCACUCUGAAUGUGCUUCUGAGAGUGAGAAGCAUUGCUUCGGUGGACUCGGUGAUUUGGACGAAGUCUGGUCAUCAAGGCCCGGACUGGAAGAAGGCGUGCUUUGACAUCAGCCCUAGUGGGCCCUUCCAGAUUAUAUUUGAAGGAAUCCGAGGCCCGAAUUUCGAGGGGGACAUUGCCAUUGAUGAUGUGUCCAUCACCAUUGGAAAGUGCAAACAGGAGAACACUGUAGCCAGCGCAGGUAAGACAGUUCUGAUCGGUGGAUCACACUCACUCCCAUUGGCCAGCUGGCUGACCUUUGGCCUCUCCUGCUUCCUGUCGCUACUCUACAGAUGAUGAGCACUUCUCACAGCAGCGCUCCAACUGUCUGCACUGCCAGACACUGCCCUGACUCGGGCUCUUUUACUUCUCUCUCUACUCGCCCCAUUUCCUUUCCCUCCACUUACUCGUCCCCUUACCUGUCUGUCCUCCUUGCUCGUUGUCUUUCUGACUUUCAUGCAUCCAUUUCAUCGUACUUGCUUUGGUAAAUGUUAACACAAAGUCUUUGUCUAGUUUCUCCUCCUCUGCUUUCUUUGAACACCCCCCCAGAGUCAGUACAACCCACUGACUGUAUUUAAGGUGAACAUACUUAAUGAUGUUCACAUUCUCCCCUUUGUCACUCCGUUAGAUUCAUGAUAGCCAUGUCAGUGUGUCACUUUGUCCCCUCUUCACUCUCCUUCAUCAACCCUCUUCGCCCAUACACGCACCCUCUCAUGUAUCUCCACUCCCUCAAACCGAAAUCCUCGACGGCCCGAUUCCCGAGACACACCAAAGUGUCGGACACGCUACCAAAGAUGACAAAGGACCUAAGGGAAUAAAGCGAGGGAACCGGGAUUCUGAGAAGAAAGUGAAAGAGAGAUAGAUAGUGGGGGGAAAUCCUUCUUUUUCAGAGAAACUGUCUCCCUUCUGUCCUAACCUUUGGGACCAUGGGACCUACUGAAAGACAAAGAGAGAGGUGAAAAGACUGAUGAAUGAAUGAAUGAAUAAACAAAUGAAUGGUGAGGAAAGGACAAACCAGAAACAGAGGGGGGGAAAAGAUGGGUGCUCCCCGUUGCCUCUCUGCUUGCCCUCUGCUUGCCACAAGAGACGAACCUCAGUGCGGAUUAUACGUGUACAUUUAUCUAUAUAUAUCUCUAUAUAUAUAUAGAGAUAUAUAUAUCUCUAAAUAUAUAUAUCUCAAAUAUAACAAAGUUUAAACUAAAACACAACCAGGACAGUGGAGGACUUUACAAAGUGAAAUUAAAGAAGCACAACGUUUAUACAACCUCUGCCGUUCCUUUGGGUUUUAUUCUACUUAUUAUGUGAUGUUGCAAUUUGUCAUACCUACUCAGUGUUUUUGAUAUUUCAUUUUGUUUUGUUUUUCGUUCAUGUCGUUAUAAGGGACAAGGGCAAUGGGUAAUGAAGUAUUAUAUUAAUAUUUAUGAGAGGAAGACGAAAGGAUUUGUGAUGCAGAACCCAAAUUGAGUGAAAAGCAAGGAUGAGCCAAGCCACUGGGAUAGAAACCUCAACUUUUCCUUGCACAAACAAUUCAGUACUGAACACACACAUCCACCUAGACACGCUCACUUUUCCUUUCUGACAUCACAGUCCGGCCCUCAGCUCAGCCUAUGCCUCAAAUACUCCCAUCAGCGAGUGACACAGAAGGAAGAUCGAGAAUGGUAGAUCUACUUUUCGAAUUCCAGCUACCUUGUCGUAAUUGUCAUUCCGUCACUGGACAUCAUGACUCAUCGUGUUAUCAGCUACAAAUGAAAAGCUGGACAUCUCUAAUGAGGAAGAGAAGUGGUGUGGUAUGGGAGUCAGAAAAAUGUCCUGGCGUUCAGUUGAAUGUUUGAUCAGAGAGCACUUCUUCCUCAGCAGGUUACUGAAUGUAUGAUUUUUUUCCCCAAACACUUUAAUAAGUGAAAGGAGAAGAGUAUCAUUAUCUGGCCGGUGUGCAGUGUGGGUUGCAUAUCGGAUUCUCUGUCAUUGUUUCAUUAUCAUUGAAUGUCGUUCGUGUAAUUCAUUUUCAUAGUUACAUAGAUAUGAUUGUUAAAGUCAAACAAUACUCAAAUGUAUAGAUCUAUAUACAGUACAUUUAAGAUAGCAGUACAGCAGUUUAGGUACUUUUCCUCAAUUCCUAUCAUAUCGAUUUAUGAUUCCCAGUGUAUUCGCCAUUCAUGCAGUUCCCAAAAUUUCAGUUGUGGCCAUGGAAAUCAUUCGUGGGAUUGUGUGCUGGCAUUUUGUUGCAUCAUGCUUCAAUUUCUAUAAAAACGAAAACAAAAUCACAUUCACAAACAGUUAACACUGCUCCAGUGACUGAUAUGCUUGUGUAUGCUGAUCAUUACAUGAUGUUGAAAACAACUCAUGUACUUUUUACUUUCUCAUGUUGGGUUGAGUUAAUCAUUGCACUUGUUUGUUUGUUUGCUUAGUUUUUUUUCUUCAUUGUGCUUGGGAUAACAUUUUAUUAGUAAUUAUUCAGCCAUUAAUUAUACAUGACAUACAGAAAUGAUGUGCCUAUUUGACUUGCCCAGGCUGGUUUGGCAGGUAAUUUCCACAUUGAUGAAUCCGACACUGAUACAAACUGUUCUAGAAGAGAGUCCGAGUAACAUGCUUUCCUGUAAAUGUAUCUUUCUGCAAAUUAUAUACAGAGGUCUAAAAGGCUAAGCGUGACAUAUUUUCAACUUUUUAAAUAAUCUCUUCAUAAUGCUCCUGUCAUUUUACCAAAAACACAGCAUAGCAGAUAGUAUUGGUUUAAAGGCUUUCAUUUCCAUGUCUCCAAUUUCAACUGCUUACUGUAUAGCUGAGGGAAUUGGCUAAGUGUGGUAUAUGUAUAAGAGCUUAAGUUCAUAAGAUCAUAACAUUAUCCAGCACUAUAGAAGCACACUGUAGGUCAGUACUUAACCUAUAUUAAACACAUUUAGAAAUAUAAUUUAGCGUUGAUGUGCAAUGAAUGUCAUCAUGCUAACUGUCGAAUAAUUUCUUAAAUUGCCUGAUUUAUCAAUGAGACAAAACCACUGGUAUCGUUGCAUUUGGACACGUGACAGCUGCAAAAUAGGAGAGACAAUAUUGAGGAAAUUUUAAGAUUUGUUUCCUUUUAACGUUUGUUUUUAUUUCCAAAACUGGUGUACAGGCUGUGGUUCUGUUUUGGCUUUUGUGACAAUUUGAAACUAAAGUUUAAGGGGAAGACACUGUUUUAUUGCACCCACCUGAGAAUCAGACUAUCAUAGCAUAACAUACAUAUGUGCGAUUAAUCCAACCCGUUGCUCAGCUUUUCUAUUAUCAGUAUCCAUUAGUUGACUGAUAAAGCAACAGCCCUUACUUGUUGCCGAUGAGUAUUAAAAUAUGUGACAGUAUGUCCAUCUGAUUCUGUAUGAUAGAGCAACAUGUUUCAAUACAACAUGACUGAUUCUUCUAAACACCACAGUCAAAUUUGAAUCAUCAUUAUCAGUCCUUGACUCCCAUUUAAGAUGACCAACGGGGAAGCAAAAUGGAAAGCAACUGUAAUUUAUUUUUAUACAUUUUAAUUACAGUACAUGCUAAAAUCAAAAUUACAUUGUAUUCAUGGCUUCAUUAUUGCCAUUCCACAAUAUUUAACUGAGUUUAACCACAUCUGUAGCAAAAUUUAAUUUGGUCAUGUCGUGUCCAGAGCAGACACAAAGUGAGGUUUGCGUAUAUUUUCCAAAAUAAAAUCACAUUCUGAAAGCUUCACUUAUGAUUCAAGUGAUAUUCAUUUUUUCACUCAAAAAUCAAAGAACCAUGUGCUUAAUUUGUUUCUAAGUAACAUCUGUUAAUAACAUUUAAAUUCAAAUAAGCAAGAAUGAAAAUAAGCUGUCCUAGCAAAUCAUAUUUAACAUGCUGAUCAUAAUUCAGUGCUGUAAUUAUGCACAGCAAGAAAAAGAAACCUGCCAGUUAGGAACCAGAAAUGUUAAGAGAAGGUUAACCUUGAUAUUUGGAACUGGAGAACUAGAACCAAGUCGAUAUCUGCCCUGUUCUCUGGUGAUUAACCAGCAAACAUUAUGGCCUAAGGCGCCUCCAGAUUUAAUGGAAGUGACUUCAAAUCCAAUUUUAAAUAAUUUUGAUGAAGA